AUGGGCGCUGCCUGCUCCACAGAAUGGGGCGAGGAAAAGGCACUCGCGGAGGAGCAGCCAGGCAUGCCAGGCUACCGGGGUUCCAAGGCUUUGGCGGCCCGGAAGGCCAAGGCCCACCUGACCGUGAGGCACUGGCACGACAAGAUGAUGAUGUCCGCUGCAUCCCAGGCGGUCUUCGAGGGAGCGCAGCGCGGGGAUGCCAAGAAGGUCACUGAGGCCUUGAACGCCCACGGCGAUCCCAACUGCAUCAACUUCGGUGGGUUCAAUGCCCUGAUGCUCGCAGUGGGCGGCGGCUACAUGGAGGUCAUCGCGCUGCUGCUUCAGGCAAGUGCCAACCCAAACAACGGGAAGAGCGGCCUGACGCCGCUGAUGAUCGCUGCAUCCUCCGGGCAAUUGGAGGUGGCCCGGAUGCUGGUGAACUGUGGGGCGGCCGCCACGGGCCAUUGCGAGCUGGACGGCAGGACCGCGCUCCACGGCGCGGCUCGGCGCGGCCACUCGGAGGUCGCCAAGCUGCUGGUGCAGGCCGGAGCCUCCGUGGACAUCGGAGAUUGGCAGGAGUGUACAGCCCUUAUGCUGGCCGCACAAGAGGGUCAUGGCGACGUGCUCAAAGUGUUGCUUUGUGCCGGAGCGUCUGUCUCCUUGUCGAACAAGAGCGGUGACUCGGCGCUGAGCGCUUGCGUCAAGAGUGGCCACGAGGCGUGCCUGGAGACCAUGUUGCGAGCGGGUGCUCCCGUCAAUGCGGCCAACAAAUCCACAGGCAACUCGGCGCUGGCGGAAGCUUCCAGAGUUGGAAGUGAGGCGAUGGUCCGGAAGCUCUUGCAGUACCAAGCAAACGUGAACUUCGCCAAUCUUCGGAAGGAGACGCCGCUGAUGUUGGCUGCGGCGGCUGGUCACGAACAGGUGGUCCGCAUGCUCCUCGUCUCCGGUGCCAACACUGCUGCAGAGGAUGUGAACGGCCAUACGCCGAUCAUGCAUGCAGCCGUGAGCAACGUGGCGGUGGUUCAGGCACUACUGGAUUUCGGUGGCAAUCCCUCCGUGGUGAGUCAGGUGGACUGCAACACGCCCUCCACACUCGCAGCGAUGCACGGGCGGAAGCAGUGCUACGAUCUCCUGGUCUGGGCCGGGGCCUUCGUACCGGCGCUGGAGGAAAAUGGCUAG